UUUUAGAUGACAGUGGCCUGUCUAACUAAACUAACAGUCCCUCCCCUGGAAGCUCCGCGUCUGGAAAUCCUUCAGGCGUUCAGUGCAAACAGCUGCGCUGUGCCACAGGACCCCAGAGAGCCAACAUGGCUGCGCCCGAUGAGUUUGAGAGCUGGUUGAACAAUCGCCUCGACUCGCUUGAAGUGGACAGAGAUGUGUACGGAUCCUACAUUCUCGGGGUGCUGCAGGAGGAGGACAGCGAAGAAGAGAAGAUGGACGCCAUCCAAAGCAUCCUGUCGGCGUUUCUGGAAGAAGAUGCAUUAGAAGAUGUCUGCAAAGAAAUUAUUAAACAGUGGUCGGACAGCAGUGCUGGGUCCAAAGCCAGGAACGAUCAUGUAGAUGCGGAGGUGCAGGCAAUCGCUAGCCUUAUUGAGAAGCAAGCCCAGAUUGUGGUGAAGCAGAAAGAGGUGUCCGAGGAGGAAAAGAAGAGGAAGGCAGCACUCCUCGCCCAGUAUGCCAACAUCACAGAUGAUGAGGCUGAAGACGCAGGACCAGAGGAGAGCGGAGCAGCAGCCUGUACAUUUGACACCAGCAAGUCUCUGUUUAAAAACACAAACCUAGAAGACGUGAUGAAUGCCAAGAAAGUGGACAGGGAAAAGGCUCGAGAGGACUCACACAAGAAGAAAGAACAGGACAAGAUGCAGAGGGAAAAGGAUAAACUACUCAAACAGGAGAGGAAAGACAAGGAAAAGAAACGGACUCAGAAAGGAGAGCGCAAGAGAUAAAAGGGUGUUUCUGGGUUUAAAAAUGUUGCAUUAAGUAAUAUGCUUUCUGGAUAAUGGAUUUACAUAUCUACUGAACAAUCCAUGGUGUGUUUACUAAGGAACAUUCAGAACUUGUACACUGUCCUAUAUAAAAUCGGAGAUCCAGGUGGCCACUAGCAUUUCUUAGUUUGGCUCAUAUUUCGGCUUAUAUUUUAACCCUCUGCCCCCCUGGCAUUUGCAAAAAUGUUAUGUAUUUUGCAGAUCUUAGAAGUUGACAUUAUGGAUUGGCGUAUAAGUUACUUUUAUUUUUAAGUGCCCAUGCUAACCGUUAACCACUAAGUAAGUCAAGACUAUUAGAAUCUCAACAAAAUAUAUUCAGAUCAGCAAUAAAUCAGAAUAAAAGUUAAAGGGGUUGAGUCAAGGUAACAUGUUAUUUGAUUGUUUUCAUGAAAAUGUGGGUUACCACUAUUUUACCCUAACACUUCUGUUCUUAUGGUCUGAUUGUACUAGGGUUUUUCAGUAGAAAUUAUGCAGUAUGUGCCAAAUUAGGUGUACUUUUGUAAAAAAAUAAAAUCCUUGUAACAAUAUUGGUUAUAUUUCAUUUUCAGACCCUUUAACUCAACAAUCUUAUGAUACAACCAGUGUGUCUUCAGUGUGUACUCAAGCUUUGCAUAUUGAUUACAUUUUUCUUGUUUGUUUCUUGUGUUCUGGACAGAUCAAAAAUGAUUUGCAAAAUCUGCACUGAAAGGACAGAUUUUGUCCCAGAGCUGAUUUUUUCUGCUCAAUGAAACUAUGUCGCUACUGCUGCUGAACAUUAAUGUAACAGUGUGAACAUAAUUACGUACAUAGACAAUGGUGAUUUAGUGUCUGCUAUACAGAACAACUUGCUCCAUGCUGUUGGAGUGUGUUUAUAUGCUGCUUCUGGAAUAUGUUUAAAAAAAAAAAAAAAAAAAAAAAAAAACUUUCAAAAGGUAUUUUUAAAAGAUUUUAAAAUGUCAUAAGUAAGUUGUGGUGCAGAUACUGUACAUUACUAUGCAACAUCACAGUAUGUGUUUUUUUUUUUUUUUAAAGUUUUCCAAUAAAAUGUAUUUGCUACUUGA